CUGCUCCGCUGUCAGGAGGAGACUGGAUGCUAGAGAGAGGCGGUGCUUACCUUCUGUGGUGGGUCAGGAAGGCUGGGCCGUGGCUUGAGUUGCUGGCUCCGGAGAGGGCUGUGAACAGGGCCAGGGCACUGCGUUCAGGAUACAGCAGCCGUGGAUGAUUGGCAUGACCUGAGCCCGUUAGGGCUCUUGGAAAUUUUCCACUUCCAUUUCAUCUUCACGGGAGAAUUUCCAGCUCUCGCUCAAGGCUGCUCUCAGAUAUGCAAAGCAGAGCCCUCCCACCCCAGCAGCUGCAGAUAGGAGCCGGCAGCUGCUGCGCAGACACUGACUCAGCUCAGCCUCCCGCCCAGCCCAGCCUGCUGCCCUGGCCCAGUGCGUCGCCUGUGUGGCAUCCCCAGGAGCAGCCAUGGAGACUCCAGUGCCCGGAUCAGCCGAGAUGCCGCGCCAGUUCCCCAAGCUGAACAUCUCUGAGGUGGACGAGCAAGUCCGGCUCCUGGCUGAGAAGGUGUUCGCUAAAGUGCUCCGAGAAGAGGACAGCAAAGAUGCCCUGUCCCUCUUCACCGUCCCCGAGGACUGCCCCAUCGGCCAGAAGGAGGCCAAGGAGAGGGAGCUGCAGAAGGAGCUGGCGGAGCAGGAGUCGGUGGAGACCGUGAAAAGAAAGAAAAGUUUCAAGAUGAUUCGAUCCCAGUCCCUGUCUCUGCAAAUGCCAACGCAGCCAGAUUGGAAGGGCCCCCCGACCACCACUCCAGCCAUGACUCCUGCAACACCUGUGCUCCCUGGAGCCACUUGCCCACUCGCACCAGCACCUUUUUGUAUGCCCGAGUACCAGCGGGUAACCAUCAGCGGAGAUUACUGUGCCGGGAUCACCGUGGAGGACUAUGAGCAGGCCGCCAAGAGCCUGGCCAAGGCCCUGAUGAUCCGGGAGAAGUAUGCCCGGCUUGCCUACCACCGUUUCCCACGGACCACCGCCCAGUACUUGGGUCUUUCACGGGUGGACACAGCACCUCCGGGGGAGGGCCUCCCAGACUUCCACCCUCCCCCGCUGCCCCAGGAAGACCCUUACUGUACAGAUGACGCUCCCCCCAACCUGGGCUACCUGGUCCGCAUGCAGGGGGGCAUCCUCUUCGUGUACGACGACGAGAAGAUGCUGGAGAGCCAGGAGCCCCACAGCCUGCCCUACCCCGACCUGGAGACCUACACGGUGGACAUGAGCCACAUCCUGGCCCUCAUCACCGAUGGCCCCACGAAGACAUAUUGUCACCGGCGAUUGAACUUUCUGGAAUCCAAGUUCAGCCUUCACGAGAUGUUAAAUGAGAUGUCUGAGUUCAAAGAGUUGAAGAGUAACCCCCACCGAGACUUCUAUAAUGUGAGAAAGGUGGACACACACAUCCACGCGGCCGCCUGCAUGAAUCAGAAGCACUUGCUGCGCUUCAUCAAGCACACGUACCAGACGGAGCCUGACAGGAUCGUGGCUGAGAAGCAGGGCCAGAAGAUUACCCUGCGGCAGGUGUUCGACAGCCUGCACAUGGACCCUUACGACCUCACUGUGGACUCGCUGGACGUCCACGCGGGCCGGCAGACAUUCCACCGCUUUGACAAGUUCAACUCUAAAUACAAUCCUGUGGGGGCCUGUGAGCUGCGUGACUUGUAUUUGAAAACGGAAAACUAUUUGGGAGGAGAGUACUUUGCUCGGAUGGUCAAGGAGGUGGCCCGGGAGCUGGAAGAGAGCAAGUACCAGUACUCAGAGCCGAGGCUGUCCAUCUACGGCCGCUGUCCCGAUGAGUGGCUCAACCUGGCCCACUGGUUCAUCCAGCACAAGGUCUACUCUCCUAACAUGCGCUGGAUCAUCCAGGUGCCCCGGAUCUAUGACAUAUUUAGGUCGAAGAAGCUGCUGCCAAGCUUCGGGAAGAUGCUGGAGAACAUCUUCCUGCCCCUUUUUGAGGCCACAAUCAACCCCCAAGAUCACCGAGAGCUUCACCUCUUCCUCAAAUAUGUGACAGGGUUCGACAGUGUGGAUGAUGAGUCCAAGCACAGCGACCACAUGUUCUCGGACAAGAGCCCCAACCCGGACAUCUGGACCAGUGAGCAGAACCCGCCCUACAGCUACUACCUGUACUACAUGUAUGCCAACAUCAUGGUGCUCAACAACCUCCGCAGGGAACGAGGUCUGAGCACGUUCCUGUUCCGGCCUCACUGCGGCGAGGCUGGGUCCAUCACCCACCUGGUGUCUGCUUUCCUGACUGCCGACAACAUUUCCCACGGGCUGCUCCUCAAGAAGAGUCCGGUGUUGCAGUAUCUCUACUACCUGGCUCAGAUCCCCAUUGCCAUGUCUCCCCUGAGCAACAACAGUCUGUUCCUCGAAUAUUCCAAAAACCCUCUGAGGGAAUUCCUGCACAAGGGGCUGCACGUUUCCCUCUCCACUGACGACCCCAUGCAGUUCCACUACACAAAGGAAGCACUUAUGGAAGAAUAUGCGAUUGCUGCUCAAGUGUGGAAGCUGAGCACGUGUGACCUGUGUGAGAUCGCCAGGAACAGCGUGCUGCAAAGCGGCCUCUCACAUCAGGAAAAGCAGAAGUUCCUGGGACAAAAUUAUUAUAAAGAAGGACCUGAAGGAAAUGAUAUUCGAAAGACAAACGUUGCUCAGAUCCGGAUGGCAUUCCGAUACGAGACCUUAUGCAACGAGCUCAGCUUCCUGUCUGAUGCCAUGAAGUCAGAACAGAUCACAGCCCUGACCAAGUAGGUCUAACACUGGACAUGCAUUGUAACGUCCUGGUUUAAUCUCACGUCUGCUAUGAUUGCCAGUGGUCAGGAUACCACACUGGGACUUUCCUCCCGGGAGAGAAUGCCUCUGAAGAACCUUCAAACCUAGUGAUUUUGGUUGCACUGUUCACUUUAAGACCUGACAUGUCCACUUCUGUUAGUAUUUCAGAGUAAUACAUGGCGACUGCUCCUUGGGGAUCUGGGAGAUAGACAGUUGUCUGUACUCAUUCCUAAUUUUCCAAAUCUCUCUCUUCAAACCACUAGUGCUUGCAUUGUUAGGGCCAGGCUCUUCCACGAUUCAAGUGGCUACUGACAUGGGGUCCAUGUGGUUUUCUGCCACAGUCCACUAUAGGCCCUCCAGUCUUUGUGGUAGGUGGCUGCCUUAAACAAAAUCAACUUCAAAGCUCCCUUUCAUAAAGGAGCUACUUAGAGAGAAUUAAAAUAGACAACUUCUGCCCUGGCCGGUGUGCUCAGUGGUUAGAGUGCUGGCCCCUGAACUGAAGGGUUGUGGGAUCGAUUCCGCUCAAGGGCAUGUACUUGCUCCAAGUUCAGUGUGCAGGAGGCAAUCAAUGGAUGUGUCUCUCUCACAUCGAUGUUUCUAUCCCCUCCCCCUCGCCCCCCCGCUCUUUUUCUACUCUAAAAUCAAUGGGGAAAAAUAUCCUAUUAACCUCCCCUCUCCCCCCCCAAAAAAAGACUUCUUUGCAUUUUUGAUGAAUUUCUUAAACUAUUUUAUUUAGAUCACCUCUCUCUUUUCUACUUAGGAAGCCAAAUGUGCACAUUGCAACAGUCACUUCUGAUCUGUGUCUUGGUUUCCUCAUUUGAAACAUGAGGGUUUGGACUAGAUGAGAGAUUUUCACAUAGAGGUCUUGAAUCUCCCUCCCAAUUUCAGGGUGGGAGAGGGGAGGGGAAUGAGAUUCUGGGCGUUGCUUUUGCUUCUUCUUUGGGACUUGUACAUAUUUCAUUUGAAGUAAGGAUUUUGAAAAGCACCAGACUAGAUCAUCUCUGUUCCCUUCUGGCUCUAAUAGUCUACGAAUGAUUGUAGCCCAAUUAUCAUUUUGCUUAUGAAGAAUUAGGGCCAGAGAAGUGAGAUUUAUUUAAGGUCACACAGCUAAUAAGUAAUAGGACUAGAACUAGGUUUCCCUACUCCUAAUCCAGUCCUUUCUCCACUAUUCCACAAGACCUCACAGAAGUUCUUUUAUCACUGAAACCCGAUGCAUUUAUUUUUCCUCCCUUACCUAACACACGGACUUUCCCCCAAUAUAUAAGUGGUCCCAGCGGUCAGGUAGAAAAGUAUUUUUUAAGUCCAGUAUGAAUUUAAGCUUUACCAAUGUACUCUUCAUCUGUGUUACUUGUGCCUGGUACAUAGUAGGUGCUCAAUAAAUGUAUGUUGAAUAAAUGACUUUCUCUUUUGGCAACCUUUUAAGAAUAUAUGCUCCUAGUACAAGCUGCUCAAGGACCUUCUUGUUUAUUUCUGUGUGUGAGCAAAUACAGACUAUGGGAAAUCCAGAAUCAUGUGAUUGGAAGAACCCUAUUUUAGCCUGUGAAAGUGCUUAUCUGACUUUAGAUUUUCUUGUCCUGUGACUUUAUUUUAUAAUGCAUGUCCCCUCCACUGGUCUACAGAACAAUAAAUGUAGUGUUUUCUUUUUAACUUAUAUGUUACAUAUAACUUAUAUGACAAACAUAUAUUCUAUCUUAUCACUAAUCAAGAAAUUGAGUGAAAACACGGCAUUUAUCUUAGGCAUUUGUUAUUUUUGAAAAGCCCCCAUUUAUAUACAUUUGCCCUAUCAUUGCAAGCAUUGUACAGUUUUUUUUUUCAUUGUCAUUUUAUCUGUAUCAAGUAUUUGUUUGUAAUUAUUAAAUAAAGUCUGUUAGGACUAUGGCUCCAUAAUUUAAAA